AUGAAUGGGGUGUAAGAGCGUAUAUUUUGUGUUAAUGUUAGGUUAUUGUUUGCAUUUUUUCCAUUCAAGCUAUUUACUGUAAAUCAUUGCAAUGACAAUUUUGAAGAUUAACUUUUACGUUGAUUCACAGAAUUGUGGUCUAUUUACGGUAAAAAAGAGAUUUUUUUGUGUUUAUUUUUGGAAUUCUUUCGGCCCGUGUGCAGGCUAAGGACGCGCCAAAUAUAACGAAGGGCUGAUAACUAGUAAACUUUGGCGUCUGUUUUGAAGAUCGAGAAGGUAAAUUUUGUGAUUUAGUGAAAGCAUUUUCAAUCUCUAUCGAUCUGUAUUGAAAUAAAUAGAAAAGCACCUCGAAACGCUGCAGACACGCAAGUAAGUAUACAUAGUAUUGCAUGGCUAGCGUUAUUUUUAAACGAGCUUUGCAAAAAACUAUAAAUUCCACCAUGUCACAGUGAACUGUUUGUGCAAGCUAGAGUAAUUAAAGGGCAAAUACACUUUAAAAGUGUGAUCUAUACAUAGCGCAACUUUACAUAUGUAUGGUCAAACACUGUUUAUUUAUGUGGAGUGAAAAUGUGUGGAUGAAAAGUCGAUAAAAAGUCAAAAAUUAUUUGGUUUUAGUUGAUAACAGAUACUGAUAGGACCUCGGAUAGGACGGUUUGAUUAUUUUGAUAUCUUUAACAAAGAUAUUUUUGUAUUUAUUGUUUGCUAGUUAAUUAACAAGUAGCAGGUAUUCUCAAUUGGUAUUGAAAGGUACUAGCUUACAAAAGGUUUCACUUCUGUUAUCACAGAAUAAACACUUAAUACAGAAGUCUGACUUCUUGUCGGUGCCUAUGAUUUUGGCAUAACCCUUGCAAUGCUGUCACCAUGUUUCUAGGGUGCUCGGUCAAAACGGCCCAAAGUCAAAACGGCCCAAAGUCAAAACGGCCCCAAGUCAAAACGGCCCCAAGUCAAAACGGCCCCAAAUCAAAACGGCCCCAAGUCAAAAUGGCCCAGCUUGGAUUGGUCAAACUAGUAUGUUACUAAAUAACAGAAAUAAAUCCAUUGCCAGAAAUUACAGCUACGCAAAGGUGAACAUUUAACAAUUUGACUUGGAGUCAUUUUGACUUGGGGCCAUUUUGACCAGUAAGUGUUCCUAGCCAGUGUGCUUACAACUUAAGAGAGGCUGCCAACUGUUGAAAAUAUUCAAAAUGGCAGACAUUCAGGGGGUGAAUGCCUCUUAUAAGGGGCCACUGGCUAGAACAUGGCAAGUGCAUUUUGAUGAUGAAUUGUGGGCGGCAGUGAUGCUUUUUUUGCUGAUUCAACCUUCUGUAAGGUAUUCUGUGCAUUGCUGUUGCCAUGUUCCUAGCUUGUGCACUUACAAGAGGCCAUCACACCCCUGAAAACAUUCAAAAUGGCAGACAUUCAAGGGUGUGAAUAGCUUUCACAAGCACACUGGCUAACAAAUUGUGAAAACCUAAAAUUGUUGCUGUUUUUUUUAGAAAUUCAAGAUGAAUAUUGCUGUUCCUGGAAAAAUUGUUCUUAAAAGUUCAACGUCAAAGACUUUAAGUGAUCGGUAAGACAAGUCAAGAAUUUCACCCUUGUAAAAGUUGUAUGCUAUAGAAUUUUGGAUUUUUUCUUCUAUAUCUAGCUUUGGUGAAAUUGCAAAAACAAGCAAAGUGGAUAAUGUGCGAAAUAAACUACGAGCUGAAAAUGUUGCUAGCAUUAAAAACAGACGUCUUGCUGCACAAAUGACAAAACGAAUGGGCAUUGAAGACACAACUUCACAGAGAGGAACUGUAAAAAGCCGACUUAGUAUACCUAUUGCUAACCGUUUGGGUACAAAGAGAGGUGGGCAAGUUCGGGGGCGAGGUGGAGUAAGAACUAGAGGUCAGAGAGGUGGUGGCCGGGGAGGCAGUGUUGCAUCCAGGUUUCCAAGAGGGGGCUCUCAAACCAGAGGAAGAGGUGGUACGAACCGUGGGAGAGGAACGGCACGUGGUGGCAGAAUGAAUCGCGGAGGCCGAGGCGCAUCGAGAGGGGGUCGCGGGGGACAAAAUACGAGAGGAAGAGGCAGACCUGCCAACCAACAAGGAAAUGCUGGCACUCGAGGUGGAAGGGGUCGUGGGCGUGGCUUAAAUAAAAAGCCACCGACCAGAGAACAACUGGACACUGAGCUUGAUACAUACAUGUCAAAAACGAAGUCGGUUUUAAACUCACAACUAGAUGAAUACAUGAAAGGCAGUGAUUAA